GGGGAGGCGCCGGGGGCGGGCGGGCGGCUCGGCGCCCGGCACCGCGCUGCGCCCGGACUCCGCUCCCGUCGGCACCCGGCGCGGCGAGGCGAGGCGCGUCCCCCCGCGGCGCUGGCAGCGCUUCGCUGCGGAGCCCUCGCCGAGCCGCCUUCCUCCCUCCUCCCUCCCCCUCCUCCCUUCCUGCCUGCCCGCCGCAGCCUGCGCGCUCCGCCGCGCCGCGCCGGGGGCCCCGACGCCCCCCGGGCCGGGCUCCGGGCCCCCGCGCUCCCGCCUGCCCGGCUCCCCCGGGCACCCGGCGGGCUCCGGCCCCGAGGGCAGGCGGGGCCCCGCGCGCCGAGCCGAGCCGUGGGCGUCGGGGCGCCGGUAGCGCCGGCAGCGCGGGGCCGGGCUCAGGGCCGUCUGCUCGGCUGCGCAGGGCGCGCGUGGGAGGCGGCGCGGACACGCUCGGCCCGGGCCCGGCGGCUGCGCGGAGCCCGCAGGAUGUCCCGGCCGCCCGCCGUCACCCUCCAGGUCUCCGAGGAUGCCGAGAGCGACGGGCAGGAGCCGAGCCCCUGCAACGAGGGAGCCCUGCACACCUCCUUCCGCCAGCUCAUCCAGGAGCAGAGCAGCUUGGCGGAGGCGGCCGCAGCCCUGGAGCUGCAGGUGCAGGCGGGGGGCAGAGAGCCCCCGGAGCCCUGGCCCGCGGGCUGGCCGGCGCCCGAGCAGGACCAGGAGCGCGCCGGGUACUCCGCGGCCACGCUGCGCGUCCUCGCCAGCAUGCCCAGCCGCACCAUCGGGCGCAGCCGCGGGGCCAUCAUCUCCCAGUACUGCAACCGCACGGCCCGGCUGCGGCGCCGCGGCAGCCGCCCGCCCCUGCAGCAGCUCAGCCGCGCGGCACGGCCCAGCCUGCGGCAGCACCGCCCGGACACCGACCCCGCCGCCGCCACGCUGCAAGAGAAGCGGAGUCUGCUGGUGAAGGAGCUGCUGAGCCUCUCGCCCGCCCAGCGCGGCCACGUGCUGCUCUCGGUGCCCCUCUGCCUGGCGGAGAAGCGCACCCUCAGGCAGGAGCUGAUGGGGCAGAGGGGCUCCCCGGGGGAAGGCGCCCGGCGCGGGGCCCCCUUCUCGCCCUGCAGCCGCCUCGAGUACCACGUCAUGCUCGGCUGCCGGGGCCUGUGGUACGGGCUGCUCUCCCUGCUCCCCGCCGCGCAGCCCUGGCACCGCUCCCUGAAGCAGAUCGGCAGCCGCUUCGGCUCCAGCGUCCUCUCCUACUUCCUCUUCCUCAAGACGCUCCUCAUGUUCAACGUCGUCUUGUUCCUCCUCCUCCUGGUCUUCGUGGUGGCCCUGCAGGCUGCCUAUCCCCCCGCCCCGGCCAGCCGCAGGCCCUUCACCGGCCUCGAGCUCCUCACCGGAGCGGGCUACUUCACGCACUCGCUGCUGUACUACGGCUACUACAGCAACGGCACCCUCAACGAGCCCUGUGCCGCCCGCCCCAACUGCAGCGCCGCGGCCCCGCCGCUGCCCUACAACAUGCCGCUGGCCUACGUGUUCACCGUCGGCGUCUCCUUCUUCCUCACCUGCAUCCUCCUGGUCUACAGCAUGUCCCGCUCCUUCGGGGAGAGCUACCGCGUGGGCGGCCCCGCGGGGGACCUGGCCAUCAAGGUCUUCUGCGCCUGGGACUUCAAGGUGGUCCGGAGGCGCUGGGCGAAGCUGCAGUCCGAGAACAUCCGCACCCAGCUGAAGGAGCUGCUGGCGGAGCGGCGGUCGCGCUGCCGCCCCCGGAGCCCCCGCCGGCAGCUGGAGCGCGUCGCCGUCCACCUCCUGGCCUGGGGCCUCUCCCUGGGCACCGUGCUGGGCUGCGUGGUGGCCGUACACUACUUCUCGGGGCACCUGCACGCGGUGCAGCAGGGCGCCCAGGCCCGGGCGGGCAGCGCGUGGCGGCGCGAAGCCGUCCCGCUGGCGCUGCCGCUGCUCGUGGCGCUCAUGCACGCGGCCGUGCCCCACCUCUACAACGUGCUGGCCGCCUGGGAGGAGUGGGACUCGCCCGUGCGGGAGGUCUACGUGGCCGUCUGCAGGAACCUGCUGCUGAAGAUGGUGGUGCUGGGGCUGCUCUGCUACCAGUGGCUCAGCCGCGGCGGCGUCUGCUCGUCGGAGGCGUGCUGGGAGACCUGCGUGGGGCAGGACCUGUACCGCUUCGUGGUGAUGGACUUCAUAUUCACGCUGCUGGACACCGUCUUUGGGGAGCUGCUCUGGAGGCUGGUCUUGGAGAAGAGGCUGAAAAGGCGGCAGAGGCCCGAGUUCGAUAUCGCCCGCAACGUGCUGGAGCUGAUCUACGGGCAGACCCUGACCUGGCUGGGCGUCCUCUUCUCGCCGCUCCUGCCGGCUGUGCAGAUCGUGAAGCUGCUGCUGCUGUUCUACAUCAAAAAGACCAGCCUGAUGCAGAACUGCCAGUCCCCCAGCAAGCCCUGGCAGGCGUCUCACAUGAGCACCGUCUUCAUCACCCUGCUGUGCUUCCCGUCCUUCCUGGGCGCGGCCAUCUUCCUCUCCUACACCGUCUGGUCGGUGAAGCCGUCGGAGAGCUGUGGUCCCUUCCAGGGGAUGGAAACCAUCUACGAGUCAGGGAAGACCUGGGUGAACCUGCUGGAGAAGUCCAACCCGAACAUCACCUGGUUCACCUGGAUCCACCAGUACCUGGUGGAGAACACCUUCUUCCUCUUCCUCGUGUCUGGCGGCCUGCUAGCCGUGAUCUACUUCAACAUCCAGGUGGUGAAGGGCCAGCGGAGGAUCAUCCGCCUGCUGAAGGAGCAGAUCGCCAACGAGGGAGAAGACAAGGCGUUUCUCAUUCAGAAGCUUCACUCCGUUUACGAGCAGAGAGAGAGACGCAGCUGAGCGCCAGGGUGAUGGCGGAGCAGGAGGAGCGAUCCAGGAGCCACUUGCGGACGGGGAAGCAGACGACGAGAGGGCAGCUGAGGGUACGCCGUCAAACCAUCACCAGCACAAGGGAGCCUGCGUCCCACGUCUCUGCAAGCAGUGCAGUGCUGGGGACACUCAUUUGCACUUGUUGGACUCCGGUACAUGGGACUCCUGCUGCUUUUAAUCUGUGUAAACAUGCUUACAUAGUUUUUCA